CCGGCCCCUCUCCCCACGCCGCCGAACCAUUCUCCGGCGGCAUCAAUGGCGGUGCUAGCUAGCUCGAAAAGCGAGCUGAAACGGAAACAAAAGCAAGAGAAGAAAUCGAAAUCCGGAGGUUUCGAAUCUCUGAAGCUCAGCCCAAAUGUUUAUCGAGGAAUUAAGAGGAAAGGUUAUCAAGUCCCCACGCCAAUUCAGCGCAAAUGCAUGCCCCUAAUACUCGCCGGAAACGAUGUCGUCGCCAUGGCUCGUACUGGCUCCGGUAAGACGGCAGCUUUUUUGAUCCCCAUGCUCGAGAAACUCCAGCAACAUGUACCCCAAGCCGGCGUCCGUGCCCUGAUUCUUUCUUGCUCUCGUGAAUUGGCUAUUCAAACCCUCAAAUUCGCCAAAGAACUUGGCCGCUUCACAGAUCUUCGCAUUAGUUUACUAGUUGGUGGUGAUAGUAUGGAAAGCCAGUUUGAGGAAUUGGCACAGAAUCCUGAUAUCAUAAUUGCAACUCCUGGCAGGCUAAUGCACCAUUUGUCUGAGAUUGAUGAUAUGUCAUUGCGCACUGUGGAAUAUGUUGUGUUUGAUGAAGCUGAUCAGCUCUUUGAGAAGGGAUUUGCAGAGCAGUUGUAUAAGAUUCUUUCCCAGCUAAAUGAAAACCGCCAAACAUUACUCUUUAGUGCAACAUUACCCGGUGCCCUUGCUGAAUUUGCCAAGGCUGGUCUGCGGGACCCUCAGCUUGUGCGUCUAGAUUUAGAAAUGAAAAUUAGUCCAGACUUAAAACUGACAUUUUUAACCUUAAGGCAGGAAGAGAAGUAUGCUGCAUUGUUGUAUCUGAUACGGGAACAUAUCAGCUCUGAUCAGCAGACUCUGGUUUUUGUUUCCACAAAAUAUCAUGUCGAGUUCUUGAGUAUUUUGUGUAGGGAAGAGGGCAUUGAGCCCUCUGUGUGUUAUGGUGAUAUGGAUCAGGAUGCUCGCAAGAUUCACGUUUCAAGAUUUAGAGCAAGAAAAACUAUGCUGUUGAUAGUGACAGAUGUUGCAGCUAGGGGAAUUGACAUCCCAUUGCUUGACAAUGUCAUAAACUUUGAUUUCCCUGCCAAACCUAAACUUUUUGUCCAUCGAGUAGGACGAGCUGCCCGGGCUGGUCGCACUGGUGCUGCAUUUUCUUUAGUAACGUCUGAAGAUAUGCCUUACCUGUUAGAUCUUCAUCUAUUUCUCUCGAAGCCAAUCAGAGCUGCUCCAACAGAAGAAGAGGUUUUACAGGAUAUGGAUGGUGCAAUGUCCACCGUAGAUCAAGCAGUUGCAAAUGGAGAAACUGUCUAUGGUCGUUUUCCCCAAACAGUUAUAGAUCUCUUGUCAGACAGAGUUCGGGAAAUUAUUGACUCAUCUGCUGAGCUCUCUGCUUUACAGAGACCUUGUACAAAAGCAUUCAAACUGUAUGCAAAAACAAAAGCAAAACCCUCUAGGGAGUCCAUUAAAAGAUUAAAAGACCUGUCCCGUGAAGGGUUGCACCCAGUAUUUUGGAAUCUCCUGGGUGGCAAUGAGUUAACAGCACUAGCAUUUUCUGAACGCUUGAAAGCAUUCAGACCAAAGCAAACAAUUUUGGAGGCUGAAGGUGAAGCUGCUAAAUCAAAACAUCUAAAGUCUGAUCAAUGGGUUGAUGUCAUGAGGAAGAAAAGAGCUAUCCAUGAGGAGGUUAUAAAUAAAGUCCAUCAGCAGCGUUCUACUGAGAAUGUCAGAAAGGAAGUUCUGACUGAAAACAAUUCUUCAAUGGGCGAGGAGAUGCAAGUUUCUGGCUCAAAAAGGAAGAAGCCAAAGAGCUUCAAAGAUGAGGAGUACUUUAUAAGUUCAGUUCCCACAAAUCAGCAUUUUGAGGCAGGACUUUCUGUCAGAGCUAAUCAGGGGCUGGAAUCAAACAGGUUGGAAGCUGCUGUUCUGGAUUUAGUUGCAGAUGAUAGUGAGGGGUUGGUAAAGCAAAAAUCAGCGUAUCAUUGGGAUAAGAGGAGCAAGAAAUAUAUCAAAUUGAAUAAUGGGGAACGUGUGACAGCUAGCGGAAAGGUAAAGACAGAAGGUGGUGCAAAAGUGAAAGCUAAGAAAACCGGGAUAUACAAGAAGUGGAAAGAACGAUCACACAGUAAAGUGUCUCUAAAGGGAGAUGCUAAUGAUGGAAAUGGUGAAGAUUCUAGAAGUUUUGCAGGGGCGCCUGGAGUCCAAGGAAAUAACAGACGGUUUAGAGGGGGACAAAAGCGUCACUCAAUCCCCAAUGCUAACGUACGUUCAGAAAUUAAAGAUAUUGAACAAGUUCGGAAGGAAAGGCAGAAGAAAGCUAACAGAAUUUCUCACAUGAAGAGUAAAUCUAAGAAGGGUAAGAAAUUCAACAAAAAUGGUAAGAGAGGGAGGACAAAGUGAUAAAUAUAAGUGGAUUCGGAGAGUUUAGUCCAUCUGCUGGAAGCAGGGAGUCUGUCAAAGUGGCCGUUGUGUAACUCCUUACGAAGGAUUCAGGAAUUGCUUCGGAGCUUUCACUCUACAGUCGAUCACAUUUUCAAGGAAGCGAAUAGUGUGGCUGACAAGUUAGCAACUAUGGAGGCUCAGGAUGAUUUUCUCAGUACUGCAUUUCAACAACUUCCUGGGGGCGUCAAAGCGACUAUACUUUUGGAUGGCAGGGAAAUUCCUUUUGUCCGAACACAAGUUGUAAGGGCGUAGUUUUACUUAUCUCUGCUUUUCACUACACCAUUGUAACUUGGUUUUAUUAAUAAUACUGAAGUAUAUUUCUGCUAAAAAAAAUGGCGCCAUUACAAAAUGUUGUACUCUAGUCUUUCAAUCGUUGGGCAUGAAACUCAAUUUUGUAGCAAUGUUUAGGCUUGUGGUGAAGUUGGUUUCAUCCAUUUGUGUAUCAAUAUCAAAGUUCAAUAUUGCUCACA